CUUCAUAAAAAUUUCGAAAACAUUUCUGAUAUUUGAAUGAUUUUGAUGUUACUUAUAUCUAUAUCUAAACCUAUCAAAAUCCCCGAAGAUGGCCAAUAAAGCGCCCUUCAAGACAACCUUCGAAGCGACUGAAGUGAUACGGCCUAUAUUUACUGGUGGUGGUGCCGCACUAGAGAAUGGCGCAAGAAUACUCGCGACCACUCUUGGAGAAGACGCUGUCUUGACCGACAUCAAGACUGGGAAACACAUUACAACAGUUGAAGGAGAUGGAGAAUCAAUAUCCACCCUAACUUUAACACCUUCUGGAUCUCACCUCAUCAUAUGUUCUCGCUCGCUGUCUAUGCGAAUAUACUCCCUAAAGAAAACGGCCGAUUCGAUAGAACCACAAUUAGUACGAUCUUUAAAGCCUCACGGCAACCCCGUCGUCGUUCUCGCUGUCGAUCGAACUAGUACACUUCUCGCGACUGGAGGGACUGAUGGGUCCAUCAAAGUUUGGGAUAUCAAUGGCGGUUAUGUGACGCAUACAUUCCGCGGGCCUAGCGUUUUAGUGUCCGCCCUCCAUUUCUUCGAACUUGCUGCGAGCUCCGCCAAUGUCCCGGAGAAUGGUAUUGCAAACGACAAAAAGACGAGGAGGAAGUCGAGGGGCGUAGUUGAAGAUGUAGCAGAAGAAACGCCUUCCACAACAAGAUUUCGACUUGCUUCAGGAAGUCAAGACGGAAAAGUUCGAAUAUGGGAUCUACAUAAGAGGAGUGUAGUGGCGAACCUUGACUCUCAUGUCUCGGAUGUCCAAGGCUUGGAUUAUUCUCCAGCGCAAAAUACGCUGGUGACUGCCAGUAGGGACAAAACGAUCAGAUGGUGGGAUACUAAAUCCUGGAAAGUGCGCAAAGUGAUCCCUUGUUUCGAACUCAUCGAGGCAGUUGGCUUUAUCGGGGACGGUCAGCUUACUUAUACUGCUGGCUCGAACGGAUGCCUACGCCUAUGGGUCACAGAUAGUGGCCGCGAGCUCACCAAAGAGCAAGCACCAAAACCCGAGACCGAAGCCUUCGUUGGAGCUCUCUAUCAACCGGAACUGCCUUUCAUAGUCUGCAUCCAAGUGGAUCAUACACUGUCUCUCUUCGAUGUUUCUUCCAUGGCCCAUAGCUCAUCUCAAAUCUCGCCUCCUGAGCCCUUUCGCCGCAUCUCUGGAACCCACGACGAUAUUAUAGAUUUGCGAUAUCUACUCCCUGACCAUUCUGCGAUGGCUUUAGCAACCAAUUCUGAAGAUAUCCGAAUAGUUUCCGUGGCUCAGCCAAACUCUGACCCGAAACCCCUAGUGUCUUCUGAAUAUUUUGGCCAAGAUAUCGCCCUUCUCAAAGGCCAUAGUGACAUCAUCAUAGCUCUUGACGUUGACUGGUCUGGACAUUGGGUUGCUACAGGCGCGAAAGAUAACACAGCAAGGCUAUGGCGAGUAGAUCCGGCUAACAACUCUUACAUAUGCUGGGCUACCUUCCCAGGCCACGCCGAAUCUGUCACGGCGGUAGCGUUACCCAGGACCGGACCAGUUGAAGGCUCCAGGGCUUUUGCGGAUCCACUCAACAAUCCACCCCCAUUCCUAAUAACGGGAUCCUCUGAUCAAACCAUCAAGAAAUGGGAAAUACCCCGAGAUCAACAACAAACCCCAAAAUCAACUCUUAGAGCAGUCUAUACUCGAAAGGCCCACGACAAGGAUAUCAACGCUAUCGACAUCAACCCUCAGUCACGUUUGUUCGCCUCGGCCUCCCAAGAUAAAACGGUGAAAAUUUGGGCUACAGAAGAAGGAGAAGUCCAAGGUAUCCUUCGAGGUCAUCGACGAGGUGUAUGGUCUGUCAGUUUCGCCCCCCACAACACUCCGGUACUUCAGGGUGAGCAAGGCUCCGUAGCUGGAAAGGGUGUGGUCCUCACAGGAAGUGGUGACAAAACUGUCAAAAUAUGGAAUCUUACAGAUUACACAUGUUUGAGGACGUUCGAAGGGCAUUCAAACAGCGUCCUCAAGGUGGUAUGGCUUAACAUACCACCUAGCGAAGAGCGUGGUAAAAAGCCCAUCCUCUGUGCCAGCGCUGGCGGAGACGGUCUUGUGAAGGUUUGGGAUAUUAAUAAUGGAGAAAAUGAGUGCACGCUGGAUAAUCACGAGGACCGAGUUUGGGCACUUGCUGUCCACCCCGACACGAAUAUGAUUGUCUCUGGUAGCGGGGACUCGACUGUUUCAUUCUGGAAGGAUACCUCGAGCGAGACGCAGAUUGCCUCCAACGAAGCAGCCCUUAAGCGCAUCGAGCAGGAACAAGAACUCGAGAAUUAUGAAUAUGUUGGGGCAUACCGUGAAGCCAUCGUAAUGGCGCUUCAGCUGAACCAUCCAAGGAAACUUCAAAGCCUCUUUGAGCGAGUGGUCAAUACAAAAACGCCGGAUGCCGGAAGCUUCUCAGGUCUCAAAGCCGUCGACGAGGCUUUGGGAGCCCUGUCUGACGAGCAACUAUUCUUGCUCCUCCUGCGGUUAAGAGACUGGAAUACCAACGCCAGGACGGCGACAAUGGCCCAGCGCAUUUUGUGGACCCUAGUCAAGAGUUAUCCCGCGUCGCGUCUGUCCAACCUAUCCGUCAAGGGCGCCCAGGGCCAGAAGAGCUUGAAGGAGGUCCUGAAUGCGCUUAAAGUGUACACCGAGAGGCAUUACAAACGCAUGGAAGAACUCGUAGAGGAGAGCUACCUGGUGGAGUAUACCCUGCAGGAGAUGGAUAGCCUUGCGCCGAGCUUGACGAAUAUGAGGUUGAUGGAAAAUAACGACGUGGACGUUGUGAUGACGGUUUGAAUUACCUAGGGUAUAUAUAUAUAUAUUAACAUUGCAUUUCGGAAGACUUCGAUCACAAUCUAGAGAGUAUAUGGAUAUUGCAUUAUUGUGUUC